AUGGCAGAGGAAGCAUGGGGAACGUCUUGGGGUAAGAGGAUGAGGAUGAAAUGGCUGAUGGGGGUGGCAAGGAUUUCUAUGAUGGCGGUACUCAAUGCAUUCCAACCUUUAUUUGCUUUGAAUCCAAAUGGUAAGUCAAUUUCCCCUAUUUCUCACAAUGUUGAUCCCAUUUCUAGUAUAUGUUCUAUAUCCAUUCCAGACGGCAUUGUAGAUAAAAAUCUGACCAAUAUGGAUUCUAUUUUGGUGGGGAAAUAUGUGGGGCUGCAACCCAAUAUUGAAUUUAUUAGGUCAUGGGUGGCUCAUAAAUGGAGAGGAAACGGCCAGACUGAGGUUACUGCAAUGCCAAACAUUUUUUUCUCCUUUUCCUUUACCUGUGAUGAGGAUUUAAAAUUAGUGUUAGCUGGAGGACCAUGGCUGUUGGGGAAAUCCUCGUUGGCUCUGAAGAAAUGGGAACCCCGUUUCAACCCAAAGGAUUGGAAAUGCAAUGAAGCCCCUAUUUGGGUCUGUUUGUUGGGUCUUCCUUUGGAAUAUUGGGAUGAGAAAAUCUUUUAUUGA